AUGGUCGACUCUUCGAACCGCCUACAGACGCUGAUAGCCUACUAUCUCGCUCAGAACUACCCAUCAGUCUUGCCAUCAUUCCUUUCAGCCUCGCACACCGCUCCACCUGACCUCACUCAACCUCCGAAACCUGAUCUCAAGACGUUGGUGGAGGACUACAUUUCGGAGCAGCUUGUCAAGGAUCUCGGACAUGUCGAGAUUGACGAGGACAUGGAGCCGGCGACAGAUGGUAGCUGGAGGGGAUGGUCAAACAAGGAUAUUGUUAAAGUGUCCCUGGCACCAGAGGUUACUCUACAAGGAGUGAGAAGGAGUAUAGAGGGCAUCUCAGCGAUGAAUCUCCUUACGGUGGGAGCAGAAAGGGUACCUAGGAGAAUAUUUGAUACGACAACAGCUUCAUAUCGCGCAACGUAUACGCCGAGUAUAAUAACAACAUCGGUUGAUAAGACCGUUAGAAUAAUAGACUAUAACACUGGAGAGGUUGACGGGAUCCUCGAACCGCACAAAGCUGCUGUAUUGUCAUUCGCACUGCAUCCUCAGAAUCCUAGAUACCUGCUGACUGGAUCGAUGGACGGAACGACCGUAUUGACCGAUCUGAUAACUUCUCAACCCCUGCAAACCUUCAAAUCGACAAAAUUCGUCGUACGAGUCGCCUUCUCACCUGAUGGUCACUUCAUGGCUACCUGCUCGUAUGACCACCAUAUCGUCGUGUACGCAGCCAAUGGGUCCGCUGUUCCUCCUCCAUUUGACGAAGAUGACAUACCUUUGGACGAAACAGACGAUCUUCUAUUAGCUUCAGAACCCACUCUACGAUACCACGAAGUGCACAGGAUCAAGGUUGAUUCAAAUCCUGAAGCUAUCCUGUUUCAUCCCGAAUCCACCUGGCUCAUGUACACUCUCCGAUCCUCCCAUCUCCUCUACUAUGCUCGCUUACCGUCAUCAGAUAAUACGAUAAGCGAAAUCAAAGACUGGGAGACCAGAACCAAAAGCUUCAACCCUCAUCCUAUGGACAAUCAUGUUUCGUUUUCGAUCCUGAAUAUGGCUCUGCACCCGUCAAAGAAAAUUGUUGCUUGUCAGACGGGUGAUCAUAGGGGAAAUACAGGGGAGAGAAUCCUGCUCUAUGGGGUCGAGCCCGAAGAUGCAGAGAGAUUGGCUGUCUUGUGGACCGGUAGUGAAGGGGAUGACUUUGUGCUUCCUAGGAUGAGCUGGCUACCUGACGGGUCUGGUCUGAUAACGACCACUCCCAACGGAUAUCUCAAUCUCAUUUCGUUGAGCGGCGAGAAUCGCUCAAGUGUAAAAAUCCAUGGUGCUGUCAACCUUGGUCAAGCAUCAAGCGAGGUCGUGAGAGACUGCACAGUGGUAACGACUGAAGAAGGUGAUUGGGAAGUUGUGAGUGUAGGAUACGAUAGACAAGUUAGAAUAUCGCGAUAG